GUCAGUCUUUCUUUGUGUGGGCUGUGGAUAUUCUCGGAUGUCAGGCUUUCCAUUCACACACACACACACACACACACACGUGGAGACUGUGGAGUUUGAGGAAGAGGAGAAACCACGCGCGUGUUUGUGUGAAAACAGAGACAGAGAGCGCGCGAGAAACAGAGAGAGAAGAAACAGAGUCAGUUUGCUGCAGAGCUUCAGAGCGGACAGACUCGGAACAAUUACAAGAUUCAACCAGAGAGGAGAAAUGAAGUCCUAGCUGAAGCCUCCUACAACCAUGAAGACCAGUGCUGUGGUAACAGUGGUAGCGUGAAGAUGUCUGAAAAUAUGAACGCAAAGGUGUGCUUGUUAAAGGUGAAGUAGAGCGUGUGGCGUGAUGGUGACCACGAUGUCAGAGAAGGACGUGAUGAACUGCACCAUCAGCCACGAGAUCCACCAGUACCUCUUCUCCUGUGUCUACAUCAUCGUACUCCUGAUCGGCGUCCCCUCCAACCUGUACUCUCUGUACCAUGCUGCUGUGCAGCUGAAGCAGAAGAACGAGCUGGGAGUUUAUUUACUGAACCUCACCGUGUCUGAUCUGUUGUACCUGGCUUCAUUACCGCUGUGGCUGCAGUACAUAUUUCAGGAUGAUGACUGGCGUCACAGGGAGUGGUUGUGUCAGCUGUGUGGCGUCCUGCUCUACGAGAACAUCUACAUCAGCAUCGGUUUCCUCUGCUGCAUCAGCCUGGAUCGCUACCUGGCGGUUGUUCAUCCUUUAAGAUUCACGUCUCUGCGCUCUAUGCGUGCUGCGUGGCUCGUCAGCGCCAUCAUCUGGCUGAAAGAAAUUGCUGUGGGUGUGGUUUUCUUCAAACAUAAAGAGCUGAGCCAAAGCCCCAACAACCAAUCAGUGUGCUUUGAGCAUUACCCCAUGAAGCCGUGGGAGUAUCCUAUCAACUAUUACCGCUUCACAGUUGGAUUCAUGUUCCCGCUCUGCAUCCUAUCGAUCAGCUACCUGUGUGUCCUUCGAGCUGUGGGUCGAAGUGCUGGGACUCAGCCGGAUCAGAAGUCCAGGGUCAGGCAGUUAGUCAGCAGCACCAUCUUCAUCUUCCUCAUCUGCUUCUCCCCAUACCACAUCUUCCUGUUAGUGCGCACCCUGCUGGAGAGCGACUGUCACUUCAUUGAAGGAAUAUUUAACUACUACCACCUGUCGUUGUUGCUGACCACCUUGAACUGCGUCGCUGACCCUGCUCUUUACUGCUUUGUAAGCGAGAGCGCCCGCCUCGGCUUCUACAGAGCGAUAUUCAGGCCCAUCGGCAAAAUUCUGUGCUGCUGCUUGCGCCGCGGCAACGCCAGCCCAAGCAACCCGACCACCGACUCCCACGAGGUCGCCACCGAUGAAAACAAUGGACAUCCAACAGUGAUGCUGCUAACACAUACCACCACGUUAAACAACUCAAAAACAGACACUUCAAAAAGUACGGUUUUAAUCACACAGACUGAGGAGAAAACUUUAAAACCUUUAAUUUUACAAACUGACAAAGACUUUGAAAAAUGUGUAGGCAGUGACGGGAAGCCAAGCUGUGUGAUCGCAAUGGAGACGCAGAGAGAAAACAAAGAGAUGGCUGAAGAAAGCAACAAGAUGAGCAGCUAAAAGUUAAAGGAUCAACUACAAGUGACCUGCCUGAGCCAGAAGGAUCCCAGAGAAUCUGCUGAUCAUCACAUGUUGUUUACUUUAUCAUACCCGUGUUAUUAAAUCAGACUGAAAAUACUGUCUUAAUUUUAUCAAUCAUCUGUAUUUCCCCUCUGAAACUGCAGCCAUGGCAACCAGGCAUGGUGCAGAUUGAGACGUUUGCAGGCUAACUCAGAAACUUUCCAUCAUUAUGUUUUAACAGAACAGCCCUAAAGUCAUUACAAGAGUUGACUGACUAUCCAGAGCAGUUUAAAAAGCAUUGCAUGCACACAUGCAGGUCUGUUUAUCCACUAAAGAAGAAUAAAUAUAAAGGGAAUUUAAUGUUUACAUACAGCAUGUAUAUGAAGUAUAUUACCAUGGUCAGUAUUUUAUAUUUUGAAGAAUCCAAUAGCCCAUCAGUUACUGAACAAAAACAUUACGCUACAAGUGUUGUUACAGGUCUAUGAAAUCUGUAUAACAGUUUUGCUUUUAAGACUUGAGCUGAAUGUAAGAUGAACUUGUUUCCUUGAAUCAUGACUGGUACGAAAUUAUUCUUAGAAGUUUAACUGUUGUAGAAAUUUAACUUCAAAAUGUUAACAGACUUCAACAUUAAGUAUUUAUCUGUUACAAGGACAUAGAAAUAUUAUCACAGAUGAAGCAGCUUGUCCUAAUGUUAUACAGUAUGUUCUUAUUAUAUAUUUACACAGAGAUAACUGUGAUAAAGCAUAUUUUUAUAAAACCUUGAAAUUAAAAAAAAAAAAUUCUUGUUU